CAGGGAAAUCAACCCUAAAAUGUAAUGUAAUAAAAUAUACGAAAGUGACAUGCAUUUGAGUCAAGGUCGAGCAAAGCUGUGGAAAGAGAGAGCCGAGGAGGCGUUUCGACCGUCCCCACCGUCCAGCGAGAGAAAUAAAAUUCAUGCAUGGCCACUCACUGCCAUCACUACUCGUCCUGCACACUGCUCUUUCAAGUGUCGUACUCCCAAUCAUCGAGUGCCAAAUAAAUCUUCUUCUUCUUCUUCUUCUUUUUUUUUUUUUGUUUUUUACUUUCUUAAGAUGCCAACAAAAGAUAAGACAUCCUUAAAAUCUAGUGGUCUCUUAAGAAAAUCUAACAUCAUAUAUAUGUUAGGUGUUCUGUUCAACAUUCUCGUUUAAUAUCGAGCAAGACAGCUCACUGGUUAGAUAUUGACGUUCUCAUAAUGAAAAAUACUUACCUUAUGUUGAGAGUACAGAAAAAGAACCAUCCGAGUAGUCUCAUAAUUAUUUUAAAAUAACAAAAACAAUACGAGUACCGACCUUGAGCAAGAGUCAGACGACUCCUCCGCAAGAAAAUUAUAUAAAAUUACAGAAGCCGCUCUUUGUAGUCUACGCUCUCUUUUUGCACUAGAAAACACUAUAUAGUACAUAUAACUGACAAUUCCAAUCUUCCAUGUAUGAAACCUGUGCUUAAUUGCAUGACUGUUAAGGAACAAGCCCCGGCUAUUAAGGGAACAUAAUAGAAAUCUAAGUGUUGAUCAGAUAACUUGAUCCAUUUUAUAUAAGAAAUAUCCCAAGGAGGAGAGAGUUCUUCUUCUUUUAAAAGGAAAAAACAAAAAAUUAUUGAAUUAGAAUAAUUGGAUACAAGCUGCAGAAAUGGGAAGUGGGUUUUUUUCAGCUGGGAAGGAUGGUUCUUUGCUAGAUUAUUUAGAGGAAGAUCGAGAACAGAAACUGGCGUCGUCAAUGCCAGCAAUUCCUCAACCACAAACACCGAAAGAACCAAUGGAGUUCUUAUCUAGAUCCUGGAGUCUAUCUGCUUCCGAAAUUUCGAAAGCUCUAGCUCAGAAACAGAGACAAUUUUUCAUUGACAAGCAACCAAAUAUAUUUCCAGAUACAAUUGUUCCUCCCCAGUUUUCGGGAAAGAUGAUAAAUUCAAUAAAUUCAAGAAAGACAGGAUCGAUAGGGAAGUGGUUCCACCACAAGGAGCUUAGCAGUAGCACAGUGAAGAAGAAAGAUAAGGCGCGUAUGGAAAAUGCCCAUAUGCAUUCUGCUAUAUCCGUUGCCGGACUGGCCGCAGCCUUGGCUGCUGUUGCUGCUUCAGGAAACUCUGGUGAUUCUGGAUCAAAAAUGGGUAUGGCUUUGGCCUCAGCUACAGAACUCCUGGCAUCACAUUGCAUAGAGUUAGCAGAAUCAGCUGGAGCUGAUCAUGAUCGUGUAGCUUCUGUUGUGAGAUCAGCAGUUGACAUUCAUAGUCCUGGUGAUCUAAUGACCCUUACUGCAGCUGCUGCAACAGCUUUGAGAGGAGAAGCAGCAUUGAGAGCAAGAUUGCCCAAAGAAGCAAGAAAGAAUGCUGCUAUAAGUCCUUGUGAUAGGGGAAUGGCUGAUACUUCUUGGGGUUCUGCUUACAGUAGUGGUGAAGUAGAAGCACAGGCACCUCCCUGCAAUGGAGAACUAAUGCAACACACAAGAAAAGGAGUGUUACGAUGGAAACUCAUCUCUGUCUACAUCAACAAGAAAUCAGAGGUUAUAAUUAAGAUAAAAAGCAAACAUGUCGGAGGAGCUUUCUCCAAGAAGCACAAAUGCAUUGUUUAUGGGGUCUGCGACGAGACUACAGCAUGGCCAUACAGAAAAGAAAGGGAAAGUUCUGAAGAUGUUUAUUUUGGGCUCAAGACUGCACAGGGUCUUCUAGAGUUCAAGUGCAAAAACAAGAUACAUAAGCAAAGAUGGGUUGAUGGGAUUCAAAAUCUUCUUCAAGUCAGCUGCGUAGAAGCAACUGAAGGCUCUCUGGAAUUUCUAAGCAUAAACGAUAGCAUAUAGUAUGUGAUUCAUUUUUGUAUAUGAAUUCCAAGGGUAGACCAAUGACCUAUAGUCUCCGAGUGAUAUACGACUGAGGAUUUUGUUCUUUUUUUUUCUUUAAUUUUUUGUAUACCAUCUUACAUAUAUGAAAUAAGGAAUUAAACCCCA